AACAGGGAAAUCCCCAACAGCUGCUAGCAGUUUCCCAUAUUUUAUUUUUGGUAUUUAAGUGUGUGCUAUUUUACGUAAUGCUGAAUGGAGUGUUCUCUUAAGGUGGGGUAGAUAAUGACAAUGCCAAUAAUACAAACUGUACAUGGCUCUGUAUGCCAGACAUGCAACAAGAAGUUUAGUGGAGCAGUGCCUCUUCAUCAGCAUCUUCAAAGUGCUGAGCAUCAGCGGAAACUUCAGCAGCAGGAACAGGAGGGUGCGGCCCUUCAGUGCACAGCAUGUAACAUUCCCUGCAACUCGCAAAGGCAGUUGGCUGAGCACUUGCAGUCACCUCGUCAUCAACAGGUUGUGGAAAGGUCUGCCCAAAUUCAGCAGCUGCAGUGUCUAACAAAAGAAUCAUUGCAAAGGCAGAGAUGGUGUGCUGAACGUCUUGUGGAGGGCUCCAGCAUUGACCAAGGGCCACCAGGAACUUCUGAUGCAGAAACUGUAGGGGAUGCAUCAACCAUGUACCCUUUAACACAAGCUUACAGAUAUAAUUUUCCUGCACAGCAGCAGAUGCAGUUUCCAAGUAUGCAGACACCAGGCAUGGCAAGUUUAUUCUCACCACCUUUGCCUCCCCUGACCUCAGGAGUGGAGCAGAACAACGAGUAUGUUUUCGCCAAUGGUAAAGGCCAUUGUUAUGUAUGUAAUAUAGAACUGACAUCGGCGCAGCAUAAAAAGCAACACAUUGAGGGAAAGCCGCACAAGAAGAAAGCUAUGCAAGGUGGUGGGAGUGUUAAUGGCACUGGUGGUGUAAUGAUGUGCAGCAUCUGUAAUGUGGCACUGUCAGGGCAAUUAAAUGUAGAACAGCAUUUUUCUAGUGAAAAACAUCGCCGGAAGGCAGGUGCUGCACCCACCCACAUGAUACCUCCAAUUCCACUGCAACAGCCCUUGUUAGCUCAGAGUACUCAGGUGACUGGAGCAACUACACCUGUUUUUGUGCCUGUUGGAAUAAACAGAGCACCUUCUGAACUAAAUGCAAGCCAGGAUUUUAUUCCAAAUAUUAGUCCUAAUAUCUCUAGCUGGAAAGGUAUGAGUGGGGCUGAGAUAUCAAAUGGGGAAGCUUCAAGAAGUACGUUGUUAGUGCAGAGUAAGCCAGCAUCUGAAACCAUGUUGUUGAAAAAUGUGGAGCAAACUACAUCAUCCAGUAAGCAUGCUGAACAAGUGAGGCCUAAAUUUUUUUGCCCUUUCUGCGAUCUUGAUUUUGACUUGGGUGAUAUGAUGCUGGAUCAUCUUGCUAGUCCAAGCCACAAGCAGCAGGAGGAGUGCAUUAAUAGUCUCAAAUGUGAUGUGUGCAAUGAGAGCUUCACAGAUACUUUAAGCUCCAUUAAACACUAUCAAAGUGAUGUACAUAAAAAAAACCGAGAUUUUCGUGCUAAUUCUGUGUAUUCUUCUAGUUAUCACAGACCAGAAUUGGAAUCUAGUUUCCCGGGAAGUGCACAGUAUAAAAACGUAAUGGCUUCAGACCUGAGCCAUAUCAUGUCUCAUACCUUGGACCAAGAUCAGACGCUAAAAAAGCUCCUUGGUGUAGAGCCAGUGUCUCGAGAGGCUUUUAGAUCCAUUGUUCCAGACAGUGGUAAGGAUGCUAGUGUCCAGAACACUGCCCUCAAUCCCUUAAGUGGAGAAACAAAGAGUGCUGCACCGUUAAUUCAGUUCAACAUACCGCCUGUUGUGCCAACUGUAGAAGAGGAGGUGGGAGCUUCUGGUAAUCUGGUAUCUGGAACCCUUCCCGAACCAUCUACCAUACAAGAGGUUGUCUUUGAUGGCCACCGAGGAGUUUGCAAUGCUUGUAGCGUGACUCUGACUUCCCCACAGCUUGCGAAGUCUCACCUGGCAGGUGCUAAACACCAGAAGGCCAGCCAGAGGUGGCGCAUUGCACGGAUGUCUACUCCUUCAACAAGAGGCUUUGUAGAGGGCAGCAGCGUGCAGCCUCUUACCACUAAUGAGAGCACAGCAUGCACAGAGUCUGGAACAAAGGCUUACAAAUUUGAUGGCGAGCGUGGUUACUGCUUUGCCUGCAAAAUUGAUUUGACAUCAGUGGCACAUGCUAACCAGCACUUAGUGGGGCGAAAGCACCAGAUGGCAGUGGAGAGGUGGGUGCAGGAAGGUCAAGGCUGUGUGUACCCACUAUACUGUAACACCUGCCACAAGCCAUUCACAGGCCAGGAGAGUGCAGCCCAGCACUUUUCCUCAGAAAAGCACAAGAAAAAAAUGCUGCUGACAGCAGAGGCAGACCCUAAUCGGAUUGAUCCUUCAACUGGUGCUCUGAUAGUUAUUCAAGAUGGCCAGACUUGGUAUGUGUGCAAUGUCUGCAAGUGCCCACUUAACACCCGUGAACAAAUGGAGAUACACCUUCGCAGUCCGCGCCACCUGAAGGAGCAGGAAAAGGUACAUCAGCAGCCCACUGUCCUCAAGUCCGAGCAGGAACCCAAUCCACUCCUCUUGGUAGAUGGAAACAUUAGCAGCAGUGAGCAGACUUUAGAGAAGACUGCUGCAGUAUUGGAGAAGUCCCCUCCUGAUCUAAGACAUCUCAUCACUUGCUCACCCAUUCUUAAAGUGCAGCAACCAGCUAACUUAACCCAAGUACCAUCUAGAUUGACUGUAGGACCAGGUACAGGACUAUCAAAUCAUGCUGCAUUGACUGGGCCAUCACUUGAGAUGGAUGGACCAGCUCACAACUCAAACAGCUCCAGUAAGGCUCAUGGUGAGAGACAAAAUGGUCAAGAUUUUUCAGCAUCUAGCAUUGGUAGAUUUAGGCAGGGGAUGCAAGGCAGUUUUUCAGAUUCACAGCUGGACUUAACAGGCACUGCAGGACAAGGUAACGUUGGGAGGGGACAGCUUCCAGCAGACCUUGUAAAUGACCUCUAUAACCUCAAUGUGGCAGUUAGCCGGUCUCAAGUCAGGCCAGGACUCAAAAACAAUCGUAGUGGCAGGUCUGCUGCUCAGGUACUUAGAAGAGAUGGUAAUUAUGAUUUUGAUGACGAUAAUGAGGAUAUAAUGAAAGAGAUACCCACUUCUCCGUUAACCACCUGUUAUGAUGACUCUGCUGUUAGUGGUAAUAGGGAACAAAUUGAUUUGAGCGAAGGAGACAAUGUGAGUGGUAUUCAUUCUGGGUCUUAUCAGAUGUCCAUGACACAGUAGUUGGCUCCGCAUGAUGUAGGCUCUAUGGCUUAUUCAGACUUGACUUUAUCAGAUGGGCAACAGCUGACAUCAGUUGUGGGAUCCUUGAGCACUGGUAUCAAUGAAAGCUUGGCAGGCACUCAGCUACAGCGGCCGCCGCAUGUGCCACAGACCAUGUUUCCAGGCUUCAAGUUUUCAUGUAACCUCUGUAGGAAGCCCAUGAACACAAAGGAGGAUUAUGAUAAGCAUGUGCUAGGCCUGAAGCACCAGCGGCAGACUGCCAGUGUGUGUGCACCAGACAAAAGUAAUGAGCCUUUGAUGAAGAAGGACUUGAAUGCAGGAUACGAAAAGGCAUAUAGUAGCCUCAAUAAAUCCACACCUCGUGUAUACCAGGUGGAACUCAUGCGCAAAGCAAUGACUAAUGACUCCACAGUCAUUUUUCUCCCCACAGGAACUGGCAAGACAUUGGUAGCCAUGAUGACAAUCAGCUACAUGCUUACCUUGAACCCUACACGACCUGUCCUGUUCCUUGUGGACAAGGUGCUGCUGGUGUUACAGCAGGCUCGCUACAUCAUCAAUGAGCUUGGCUCCAAGAAUUUUAGAAGGCCUAAUCUGCAAAAUGACCAUUUGGAGGAGCGCAAGUUAAAGGUGGCAGUUCUUUGUGGGGGCCUCAACACACGUGAUGGCACACCUAUAUAUAAGCAUGACGUCAUUGUAACAACUGCAGCCUUCUGCCAGAACCUGUUAAUGGAGGGAGUUUUGCGCUGGUCCAACUUGUCAUUGGUGGUGUUUGAUGAAGCACACCACUGUACCAAGAGCCACCCUUAUAAUUGCCUCUUACGGGACUAUCACCUCAAGCUUGUGCCAGAGAGUCGUCCUAAAGUUUUAGGUCUGACAGCCUCUCCAGCAGGACGUCGCACUAAAGAGGAAACCCUGCAAAUGCUUCAGGAACUUCUCAACAACCUUGGUGAUGCAUGCAUUGCAACAGUAGACAAUCCAUCAGCACGUGAACAGCUGGAGAAGUUCUCCUCCAGUGCUCGGCUAAUUCCUAUCUGUGUGCCAAUGACGGAAGCUGAGAUGCGCUUCCACAUGGAGUUGCUAGCCUACUUCAUCCGAGCAUACAUUGAAUUGAUGCGCUGCUCAAAUCUUCACCAGAUGAGCAAUAAAGCUUUCAGAGACAUCAUCAACAGCAACCCCCUGGAAGAAUCUCAGGUGCAGGAACUGGCAAAACGCCUGAUGCAUGAGCCAGAUGAAUUGAGUGAGAUGUUUCAGCUUGUGCAAGUGCUCGCAACAAACCUAGUGUUGAUUCUAGCAGACAAACUACUCAACAGCUAUUUGUUCAGGUUUGAGACAAUCCGCUUGCAUGUAAUGACAGUUGGAAUGUCACUACUAAACUCAGAAGAUGGCAUUGAUUUUGUCCUGGAGGACUUGGACAGAGAAUUCAGUCCCCAGCUAAACCAAAACCUCUCAGAGCUUCGGCAACUUGGGCUACCCUGUGACACCAUCGCUAAGUUUGUUCAGACCCUUUGUGAUGCUUCUCGUGUGCGAGACACAGAUGCACGGUCUGAAGGUGAAGCUGGAACCUCUCCAUCAAGCAUGUCUAUUUUCCAAGAACUCCUGUGCACACUUAAAGACACCAAGUACAUGGGCUGGGGCAUGGCUGAUGCCAUGGCGCUGGUACUGGUGCGUGAGCGCAAAGUAGCCCACAAGAUUAAGGAACAGUUGAAGCGCACAUCCUUUGUCCGAGAACGAAAGAUGCGCGUGGCAGUAGUGGUAGGCCAUGGAGCAGGGGGUGGCGAAGGAGAGGGCAUGAACCUGCGUAAGCAAGACAGAGUGUUGCAAGGCAUCCGCGCGCAUCGCUACCAGAUAGUGGUGGCAACAUCUGUGGCGGAGGAGGGGGUCGACAUUCCGGAGUGCCAGCUGGUGGUCUGCCUCAACCCUCCUACCACUCUCAAAGCCAUGGUGCAGAUGCGUGGCCGUGCACGCAAGAAGGACAGCUAUUUUGUGGUGCUAUGCAGCAGCCAGCGGGAGAAGGAGAAGUUGGAGGGACUGCAGAAGCAGGAGUAUAACAUGAAGUGGGCAGCAGCGCAACUAGCCCAGCAGAACUGUCCAGCCAACCAGUUAUGAUGAUGGCUAUGUUAGAGGGUGCAGCAACUCUCACUUGCUGUUGGUUGUUCACAGUGACCUUUACUGUUGCUGUUGAGCUCUCGGCUACAGUAAACUUUGCUGUGUAGAAUGUUCACAAAUUUUCAUGUUUAUGUUCAGCUGGCUGUUGAAAAUUCCAGAGUAGCAUUCUUACCCGCUGUCAGGUUUGUGCUGAGCUAAUGAUAGAAACCUCAGCAGUUUUUUCAGUGAUUUGAGUAAACUGUUGGCUUUCCCAACCAGCAAAAGCAUGAAAAUGGUUGGACAUCUACAAUGCUUCCUGCAGUUGUUGUGCAACAGCUGCGCAAAAGUUGCAAAACAGGACAUAGUUAUAUAACUGUGAGGUAGAAAUGAUUUGUAAGUUGAACCCCCAGUGUCUUAGCUUAUUUGGAAGCAGCUCCAUUCUUAAUAGGGGUACACAUUUAAAGAAACAAGGUGGUUUUUUAAUAACUUUUUUUUGUUAAUAUGUAAAGUGGUGAGUGGAGGAAAAACAUUUUGUUUUUUGGAAGUGACAAUUUUUCAGUUUAAAGGUCGAGUGGAGUGUCAUUUCUUUCAGGUGACUGGGCUUAGCUGCAUACUAUUUCUCCAAAUCAGAAUAAAUAAGACCUAUCUGUUCUUGAGAUACAAGCCUACAACCAUCAGCAUGCAGGUCAAAGCUGUGGCCUCACAAAUGUCUGGGGAUUUGUUUUAUUAAAAUAUGGUCCCAGCUGUAGUAUUGGUUGUAUCCUUGACGGUGUAAACUGUAUAUAUAUUAUUGAUAUCUGUAUUUUUUUACCUCUUUUUCUUGUGCAUGGGGAUGUUUUGUAGGUAUUUUAUCUUGAGAAUGAAGGGGAUUUAUUCGAUCAGAUAUUAGUCUUAGAUUCUGAGAAAUGGUAUUUUUUUGUCAAUCCUUUCAUUUGAUACACAAGACAGUUUGAUGUUUGUUUAUUUUCACUUAAUGGUCAUCAGGUUUAAAUCACAUUGACAAAAUUGAUGAAAAUGCCAGAGCUUUUUUAAUAUUUAUGUUUGUAAUAAGAUUAUAUCACUUCUGGUUGAGGAGUUAUGAUAUUGGCUGUGGAACUGGACUCUUAUCUACUCCAGUUAUUUCCUGAAAUGGUUUGAUUAUGACAAUCUGUUGAUUUUAAGAGAAAACAUGAAUGAUCGAAGAUUGUAUGUCUUUAUAUGUUAUUGCAGUAACCAGGUUGCUAGUUCAUGAAACAUAAUAGGUUUUUCGGACUAUGAUCAUAAUUUUUCUGCUUUAUCGGGCAUUGUUUAUUGAGCAUUUGGUUUCAUGCCUUCAACAUUCAUGGCUUCAUGUGUGGUUGUAUGCCUGCAUACGUUGGUCUGUGUGUGCAUGCAUAUAUGUGGAUUAUAAAUAUAUUAUAAAAUGCAGUCUUAAAUGCUGCAGUUGCCGCAGUUGACGUGUUAUACUUAGAUUGUGUUGUCAAUGUGAUUAUGUAAGACUUGGUGCUGUGAGAGUGAAAGAAUCGAGGAGACUGUCAUCAGACCCCAACGAAGUGCUGUUUUCUUGAUUUUGUUCUUAAAAUUUAGGUUUAGUUUCUAGAGGGCUUAGUGCAGGAUCUGAACAGCAAGUCUUGAAGAACCAUGGCUUAAAGUCAAUAAGUAGUCCCUUUUCUGGCACCUGUCGUUGGGGCUUAAGCUGAAAAGGUCAUUAACUGUUACACCUUUUUUGGACAAUACCGUCGCUGUGGAAUGACCGGGUGAACAGCGUGCAAUGGACAUUUGAACUCUAUUCUAAAAAUCCUAACAAAGCAAUCGACAGCUGCUGUCUCAGGACAAGAUGCAUGAUACGGUAAAUUAGAAUCCAGAGCUUGACCAAGGGCAAGGGUUGGAUGCACCAUGGCGUUAGAUGGAAAUUAACGUCUAUCAUCUAAAAUAAUGAGAUAAAUUAUUAGCAGUUUAACUGAUUUCUGUGCUUCAGAAUCCAGCUAGCAUCACCGUUCACCUUGCCCCAGAACCUAGAAGUCGGCGACCAGCUAAUGCCAGAGAGCGUGAUGAUGUCAAAUGAACAUACUAUAUAGCCCACUACCCUAAGGAACUCAAAGUGCUGUGUUCGUUGCACGCUGUACUCGAGUACUUUUAUAUAUGUUAAUAUAUUGUCCGAAAACACUGGUGACCAUGAGCGCGUUCGAUCGUGGUAGGGUAGCUAAGGUCGUAAAGAAGCUGAAAAAAAAAAAAUGGUGUAGCCCGUGCACAUCGGUUACUGCUAAAAACAAAGUGUGUGUCUGUGUGUGAAUGCGUGCUUACGCGUGUUUCUGCACCCCCCGCCAGUUUUCUGCCCGAGAGAAAAGGAGAAAUGGUGAGCACUGCUGUACAUCCGAUGACAGAUGCUGUUCUUUUUCGUUAAGUAUUUCUGAUGAGAAUUUUAAUUUGGACUAAUCACUUUGUUUUGGUUUUUCCACAAAUUCAGUAAAAUUGCAUAAGCGUU